CACACAACACCAUCAACAUGGGCUCGAAGAAAGUAUCCAAACAGACGAAGAACUUCACCAGAAAACAUCUCACCCAUACCCUCACCUCCAGGAAGAAACAUCAAGCCAAGAAGAAACUCAGCGAGAACCGCCAACAUCUAAAAACUAUCAAACGGGGUAAUAACAACAGCAAGAAGAAGACCAACAAGGGAUCCGAGGACGACGACGACGACGAUGACGACGAUGACUCGGUAACCGAAUCCAAACCAAAGAUGGAUAUGUCUGUCGAUGCUCUGUUGAAUGCACAGGGACUAGAUUCUGAACAAGAAGGAUCAGACGAUGGAGAGAGUGAUGGAAAGGACGAGGAAGAUGAAGAAGACGACGACGAAGAUGAUGAUUUGGAGUCGAUCGGCAGUCUGGAAGACGAAUCGGGCGGAAAGAUGGAUCUAGAAAUGUUGAAGGAGAAAGAUCCAGAAUUCUACAAGUUUCUGGAAGAGAACGACAAAGGAUUACUCCAAUUCAAUGAAGAUGAAUCAGAAGAAGACGAAGGUUCAACUGAUAACAAUAACCCAGACUCCGAUGCAGGAUCAGAUCAAGAGGAGGAUGAUGAUGAUCCAACGAGCUCGAAAGCACCCAAAACAGUCUUAUUGACAAAGGAGUUACUCAGAACUUGGCAGAAAGCUAUCCUGGAGAACCGAUCGAUGCGUGCCUUGCGCAAGCUGUUACUCGCUUUCAAGUCUGCCGCCUUCAGCUCCAGUAGCAACUCGACCAAUCUUUCAUUUUCAAUCGAAUCAUCCUCAGUUUUCAAUGCCCUCAUCACCACCACACUUAGGUAUUUACCAGUGUUCCUCAACCAGAGUCUUCCCGCGAGAGAGCUUCCGAGUGGGAAGUUUAAAAUCGCCAACAACUCCAAGAUGUAUGCGUCGAUGCAACGAAUGCUUAAGUCAUACUUUACCUCUCUGACCGAAUUGGUGGCCCAAGUUCCAUCGCAAGAGAAGGGAGAUUCAGGGAAAGAUAGCAUGCUACAUACUGCCGUCAGUGAGAGUGCGAAGCUUACCCCCUGGAUCAUUGGAAAUCGUAAGAUUAUGAAGACUUGGAUUAAGACUUUACUAGAGCUAUGGUCUUCCUCAUCAGACCAAGUUCGUGUGGCCGCCAUACUCUCGCUCAGAAGGAUUGCAGUCGCCGCAGAUAGCACGACGAUGGAGUCUAUCAUGAAGGGUGUAUACACUGCCCUAAUCAGAAGCGCCAAGAGCACCACCGUCUUCACCUUACCGCUAAUCAACUUGAUGAAGAACUCAGCGUCGGGCCUUUAUCUGAUCAACACCGAGACCUCAUACCCGAUUGUCUUCAGCUACAUUCGACAAUUAGCUAUCCAUUUACGAAACAGUAUGAAGCUAAAAACUAAGGAAGGAUUCCAGGCCGUCUACAAUUGGCAGUACAUCCAUAGCUUGGAUUUCUGGUCUCUCGUCCUCUCUUCGGCCUGUGAAAAGAAUAGUAACGGGUCAAGAUCUGAGCCUAGUGCCUUACAGCCCCUUAUCUACCCUCUCGUCCAGAUCACCAUUGGCGUGAUCAAGUUGAUUCCUACUUCGCGGUAUUAUCCUCUCCGGUUUCAUUGUAUCCGACUCUUGUUACGAUUGAUUCAACGAACGGGGACGUUUAUUCCUCUGACGCCGUUCCUUCUGGACAUGAUUGACUCGCCGCUGUUCAAGCGACAGCCGACGUCGACGAGUCUGAAAGCGCUGGACUGGGAGUACCUCCUUCGAUGUCCGAAGUCGCACGAGAACAGUCGAGUGUAUGCGGACGGGGUGGUGGAAGAGACGAGCUACUUGUUGCUGGAGUAUCAUGCUUGCAUGAGCAAGUCGAUUGGCUUCCCCGAGCUCGUCUUGCCCGCUCUCACCAGCCUCAAAAAAUUCUCCAAACAGUUCAACAAACAUCAGAAAUUGGUCGGCCAUAUCAAAACUCUUGUCGAGAAGUUGGAAGCUAAUAAGAACUUUGUCGAGGACAAACGCGCCCAUCUCGGCUUCGGACCCAAGGAUCGCGCCCGCUCGCUCGCCUUCUUGGCCGAUCUUCCCCCUGAGAAAACUCCCAUCGGCGCUCAUCUCAGACUUCAGUCUAAAAUCAGAGAUCAGAAACGCGCGGCACUCGAUCGCUCGGCUCAUAAAAAUAUUCAAGUCGAUGAUGAUUGAUUCUUUCCUUUUCUUUCCUCUUUGCUUCUUCUUUUGGUUUUUUUUUUUUGUUGGAUGUAUUCUACCUUUUUUUCUUCUUUUUUUUACAUGCAAGAAAAUUAUUAAAAACAAAGCAAAAAUGAUAACAUGAGUUUCUCUCCUCCG